AGGGAAGGAGGGAGGGAGGUGGGUCUCUCUCUUUCUCUCUUUCCUCCAACGUCAGGGGCUGGGCUGGGCUCUGGGCUCCAUUGCCAUCCAGGACAGGCUACAAGAGGGAUGCGCUGAAGGAGGAGGAGGAGGAGAAGCAAGCGUUGAGGCCGGCCGCAGCUCCCCUUCCUCUCCCUGGACCCUCGCUUGCCCUCCUUUGCACCCUUUCCCUUCCUACGAUCCCUCUCCAAGCCAUCCCUCCAUCACCCUCUUUGCACAUUUCCCAACCCAAGCUGGGUAUCAGCAUCCUCCAUCCUUCCCUUGGCUUCUUUCGGGUAUCAGCAUCCUCCAAUCCAUCCCUCCCUUUGCUUCUUUCUCUUCCUCCUCCUCUUCUUCCUCUUCUUCCCUUCUUGCUUUGUUGUCCUUGCCUCUCAAAACUAGGGAUGCUCAGGACAAGAGCCCAGGCCUGACCCCUUCCAAGGCCUGACCUCUAGGGCACUUUUGUCCAGACCCACCAGCAUCCUUUUGGAGCAUCUUUCUCCCCAUCUUUCUCCCCCUUUUCCCCCUUUUUUCUUUCUUUCUGUGUGUUUUUUUCUCCCUCUUUCCUGGCUCCCUCCUCCCCCUGCUGGAGUUUCUCGGGUACCGCGGAGGGGAAGUCCUCCGCGCCCUCGGGAUGAAGAUGAUGGCAGGCGGAUCGGUGCAUCAGAACGGCCUCUUCCCUCCGGCGCCACAGCAACAGCCGCCGCAGCCUCCGCCGCAGGCCCCCGGAGGGUCCCAGGCCCAGGCCCAGAGCCACACCAGCCCACAGGCCCCUUCGCAGGCUCCCCACAUGGAUUCGGAGCCCCCCGACUCCAGGAAGAGGCCUCUGGAGACACCCACCGAGGCCAUCAGCACCAAGAGGAGCAACACUGGCGAGGACGGCGAAUACUUCCUGAAGGUCCUGAUCCCCAGCUAUGCGGCCGGGUCCAUCAUCGGCAAAGGCGGCCAAACCAUCGUCCAACUGCAGAAGGAAACUGGGGCCACCAUUAAGCUCUCCAAAUCCAAGGACUUCUACCCAGGAACCACGGAGCGGGUCUGCCUGGUCCAAGGCACGGCGGAAGCCCUCAAUGCGGUCCACAACUUCAUUGCCGAAAAGGUCCGAGAGAUCCCUCAGUCCGUAGUGAAGCCGGAGUCGGUCAACAUCCUCCAGCCGCAGACGACGAUGAACCCAGACCGUGCUAAGCAGGCUAAAGUGAUCGUUCCCAACAGCACGGCGGGGUUGAUCAUAGGCAAAGGAGGGGCCACCGUGAAGGCCAUUAUGGAGCAGUCUGGAGCAUGGGUGCAGCUGAGCCAGAAGCCUGAGGGCAUCAACCUUCAGGAACGAGUGGUGACCAUCAGUGGUGAGCCUGAACAGAUCCACAAAGCCGUGGAUAUCAUUGUCCAGAAGAUCCAGGAAGAUCCCCAGAGCAGCAGCUGCCUCAACAUUAGCUACGCCAACAUUACUGGCCCGGUGGCCAACUCCAACCCAACCGGAUCACCCUAUGCCAACUCCACGGACGUCCUGCCAGCUGCCGCCGCUGCUGCCACGGCAUCGGGCCUCCUGGGCCACACCAGCCUGGCUGGAGUAGGGGCCUUCCCAGCCGCCCUGCCGGGUUUCUCCGGCAGUGACCUUUUGGCCAUCAGCACAGCCCUCAACACCUUAGCCAGCUACGGAUACAACACCAGUUCUUUAGGGCUCGGCCUCAACUCUGCAGCCGCCUCUGGAGUGCUGGCCGCCGUAGCCGCUGGCGCCAACCCAGCUGCAGCUGCCGCCGCUAACCUCCUUGCUUCCUACGCCAAUGAAGCAUCCACUAGCACCACUACCCCAGCCGGUGCUGUCGGAGCCUUCACCUUAGGUUCCUUAGCUGCUGCCACCGGGGCGGCCAAUGGCUAUCUAGGGACAGCCUCCCCUUUGGUGGCUAGCUCCUUCUUAGCCACAGAGAAGCUUGUGGAAAGCACCAAAGAUAUGGUGGAGAUUGCCGUGCCGGAGAACCUAGUGGGCGCCAUUUUGGGGAAAGGCGGCAAGACGUUGGUUGAGUACCAAGAGCUGACAGGCGCCCGCAUCCAGAUUUCCAAAAAGGGGGAGUUUAUUCCGGGUACUAGGAACCGAAAAGUCACCAUCACAGGCACUCCAGCUGCAACCCAAGCAGCGCAGUAUCUUAUUAGCCAGCGAGUAACAUACGAGCAAGGCGUCCGGGCCACCAACCCACAGAAAGUGGGUUAAGAGGAGGCUGGAGAGAAGGCUGGGGGAAGGAGUAGAGUUGAAAUCAGUCCUUUAAUCAUUAAAAUGGUAACCUACCCGACACCAGCCCCUGUCCAGUGUCCAUCUCUCACACAUGCACUCCCCUGCUCUGGGCAGCAGCCCAGCGUUUGUUCUACUGGAACUUUAUUUCGCUGAUGGUGCGAUUUAUGUGUGUGUGUGUGUAUAUAUAUCUAUAUAUCUAUAUAUAUGGCAACAUUUUCUUUUCUUUUUUGAGUUGAUGGAUUUUAAUAGAAAAACAUUUUUUUUAAGAAAAAGAAGUCCUCUUUCUUUCCCUCUUUUCUUUCCAGUUUUCUUUCUCAACAAUCUUGGCAGAGGAAGGUCUAUCUCUUCAUGCUUUGUUCCCCACCCCCGAGUCGAUAGAUCAAGUUCAGGAUUUCUUGAUAGGCUAUUGGUACUCCCCCUUCAUGCCCACGCAGAGUAUUGUCACCCGCAGAUGCUCAAACUGAGUUUAGACAUAUUUGUGGGGAGGGAAGACGUGGGUUGAGUUUGCAAGGAGGUAGUUUCUUUGCCUAAGGACCUUCAGUUCUUGAAAAUGACACCACUUUGUGUGUUAUCUGAGAGGUCCAUUGUUUGUAGUGAAGCUGAGUGUGGAUUUUCUUCCUCUUGGUGUCCUAAUUUGGGUAUUCUGGGAGAAGGAAUGCCUCGAAGAAGGAGGGGUUGGACUGGGAAGGGCUUUGAAACAGGAACACAGGUUUGUUUGAGAUGAUGGGCAUUUAAAAAGGCAUGGUUCUUCCACACAUAUUUUCAUGUGGGAGGGAAAAACAGUGUGUCUGUGGGCAUUCUUUCCCCCAUUUCCCAGCUUUAUUUAUGAUAACAGAAAAAGUGAGGUGCUUGGAUUGAAGGUUUGUAGCUGAAGAGUUUUCCUGCAUGAUAGAGAAGUCACUUUGCAAAGUCAAGGGGACGAGAUCAGAAUGUUCACAUUGGGGAAGUUUUGAUAUUGGCAAGUCAGGAGUUGAUGGGAAUCUGGAUUCCAAAGUGAGCGUAAGAGCAUCAUAGUCCCAGAGAGAAUACUGAAAUAAGCAGUGAUCCUCCUGACAUGUGAGAAAUGGCUGUGAUGUAGUUGAGGUGACUUCUUCACAUGGUGCCAUGAAGUCAUGAUCUCCUUCCUGAGGUCUGUUUGGCUACUUCCUGUUUUGUCUCUCCCUGAAUAGAUAAGUUCCUUCACCAAACUUCAUAUAUCCUCACAAGAAGAAAGCUCUCCAUGUUUUUUUUUCAGGGGUUAUCAUCUAAAGUGGAGGCCUGUUUUCUUGAAAGACAAGAACAACAGCCAAACCCAACCAUCCUUUCACUUACGAGUGCCAUCCUUUGGGUAAAAUCCAUAUGGUACAGCUGGACAGGAAAUGCUGGCUACUGAUGCUCUUAUCUUGCUGGGGGCCAAACUUGAUGCUUUCUGUAAGAUACCCAAAGUUGCACAGCAUUCCUUUCCCAGCCUGACCCUCUAUUGACAUUAGAAAACCACUAAACCAUCUUGUUAUCAGUAUUAGUGCUUUGAGUGGGACUGAACAUUGGCAAAGAGAAUUCAAUCCAUGAAAAUUGCAUCUUUGAAUCCCUUUUUGAUCCACAUUCUACAUGUAAUCAAGCAGUAUUAUUAUCCCACACUGGAGUGAAAGCUUUUACCCCAGUGAUUAUGCAGCAGGGAUCCUACUACCCUGUUCUUUUUCUUGCCUCCUCCUUGAAGGUUUGCGCUAGUGGUUUCAGCCCCAGGGUCAUUUGAGCAGCUUCCAAUUUCCAGUGGAAGAAGGUGACUAGUGCCAGGUGCAUGGGAUUUUUGGGUUGACGGUCCAAGCACAGAGCUGUGUGUUGCUGUUUGCUUAUCUGAGCUUUCUCUAUUUGCUAGCCUUCUAUUGAUCAACACUGUGUGACCCCUAUCCCAUGCAACCAUCACCCUUGAAAGGAGGAACAUGAAAUAAAUCAAAGUUCCUCCCUGCAAUGUUUACAUAAAUGCAGCUUCUCUUAAGGCAUGAAGAGUAUUUAAUUCUUUUUUGCUCCUGAAGGUGCCAGCAUUUUAAUAAGAGCCUAGCUUUCUUGCUGCACUGAUAUUGUUUUCCCUCUUUAAUAAGAACAUAGAGUUCAGGAUUGGCCCAGAGGCCAAAAACAUAUAGCACUGCAUUGCAAUGUGAAGCACUGGGUUGCCUCUGUUUUUCUUUCUCCCUUUCCUUUUAACUAAAUGGCUACAGAGGAGCCAAGGCAGAAUGGAGUCCUCCCAAUGCUGGAUUGCGAAGUGGAUGUCUACCUCGUCGCCCCAAAUCUCAUUGCGAUACAUCCUAUAACUUCCUGUGGCACAUUUCAGGCUGUGUGCAUACAGACCCUCGCCAGCAUAAGACAGUGAGGCAUCUCUGUUAGACUACACAUCUAUCUUCAUAGGUAGGUUGGUUUGGUGAUAGGAAACUUCUCUGUUUGGAAGAGCCAAGAUUGAGAUAAUCCCAUUCAGAAGUGUUUCAAAUAGGGGGGAAAUGGAGCAUACAAUGCUCCAAGAUUUGGGGUUAGGGUGGGGAAAGAUACUGAGGGAGUUAUGGGGCUGUUUCACCCCUCAGCUGCUUCAGUAGCUCCUAUCUUGCUGUGUCAAUGUCCAACUUGCUUCAAGGCGUGUGGACUUGUGCAAUAUUUUAAUUCUUUCCUGACUCCUUCUGAAGCAUGGAGGUGGACGGGGUGUGUUUGCGGUGGGGGGUGGGAUGGGAGAUAGCUGCACACACCCCUCCAUCCUUCUUUUAGGUUAGCUUGACCAACUGCUAGGCUAGUUCUUAGGACAAUUCUGUGUCUGGAUGUGAGUGAGGCUCUGGGGGUGCAUAAGGGGAUAGGGAAGGGGGGCAGAGAAUUAAUAUCUUAUUACGUGGUAGCAUGUAUCUUUGUUCUGUUUUUUCCUUCUUAGACUGAAGGGGAGAGUCUUGAGACUCUAAAACCACUAGGGAGCAAAAUCUCAAAUGUGAAUCUUAUAUACUAUUAAAAAUGUAAAGGAAGCAAUAUCUCUAUAGCAUCUUGCACUGAUCCUACAGAGUGAGGAGAGCUGCUGAAGCCAGCAUUUUAUCUAUGGAAGGUUUGCUUGCUAACUAAAGCAGAGGGGAGACAGGCAGCAAGGAAUGGCGGCCUCUGUUUACACUGGCGUAGAUUCCAGGCCUCCUGGGGUUUUGUUUUUUUUUAAAUGAUGAACAAAAUAUUGCUGCUGUUUUAGAUGUGUGUCUCGCAUAUCAGGCUUUUGUGUUAGGGGCAGAAGGGUGGGAGAGGGAUAUAAAAGGGAAAAAUGUGCCAAAUUCUUCAGUCUGCGUCUUUUUAAAUAUUGUGGAUGCUUACGACAUAGAGGGAUAUUCCUUACCCAGUUCCCUGCCUUCUCUGAAAUGCUGCAGAUAUUUUAACAGUAUUUUCCCAGUCUGUCCUUCCUGCUUUUUCCCGUCAGCUCUGCUUUGCCCUCCUCUUCUUCCUUUGGGAUCUCAGAAUCAUGGUUUCAUGCCAAGGCACACGCGGACUCUGCCACCUGGUCAAUUAUGUUAAGAAACCAUUUUUCCAAAAAACCUUCCUCCUCUUUUGCAGACUUCUGCAACUUCUUAGUAAUAUUGAAUAAUCUUGGCUCCCCCUGAAAGCCAUGAGGAGUAGAAAUGAGAUGCUUUCACUCAUAUACUUUCAAGUAUAUUUUUGAAACCAAAAAGAUCAGACAGUUGCUGUCUUUUCACCUUUUUUUCUCCCCAACUGUAAGAUAUGAAACUAUGAAACUGAGUUCUGCCGUUAAUUGCCAUGAUAUCUCACAGAGGUCUGGUUAUGGCUUACAUAAAAUUGGCAUUAAACAUCCAGGAGCCACUGAUAGCCUUUUGGACAGGUUGGGCAAGAGAUAGGAUUCAUGGUAAAGAUACCAAGCCCUUUAUAAUUCUAGUUUGUGCUGUAAAUUUCAUACACCUGAAGACACAUAAUGCAAUUUAACAGUUUGUGAGCAUACCGCUUUCACUAAUGCAGCUCCCUGCUGAUGACACUUUGGAUUGCAGGAUUGUGUUCAAUUCUGCAGAACGCUUUAGACUUUUUUAAAAAACUGGCAGAAGUCAAAAUCCUGGCUUUUAAGUGAGGAAUAGCGCUUCUCAUAUCAGAUAGGCAUUCUGGUGACUAGCUGGCAUGCCACUCCCCAAAAGAUAAAACCUUUCUUUUCUGCUUUGUUGGUGAAAUACCGUAAACUUGUCAGUCGGCCCAUAGCUUCAUUAUUUUGCCCAGAUUCAAACUCCUGUUACCUCCACUGAAAAGGAUGAUGGGCAGCAAGAUGAUGAUGGUGAGGACUAAUUAUUGGUGCUCCAAACCUUGGGUGAGACCAUGCUGGGUAACCUCACCUGCCACUGUGUUAGAAAGCAGCAGGAUCUCUUUGGAUGAUGGGAUUUCCACAUGGAGUUUCUUGCUUGAGGAUAUUUUAAAUAGGUUUCUUUUGUGCCAAGUUCCUUUCCUGAGCGAAAAGGAGCUUUGGUUAAGCACUCCUGGAUCUGGUCAUCUUCUUUGCCCUUCAUCCAAAAGACAUCAGGGCUAAGGACAACAUCCAGGGGGCCAGAGCCACUGAAAUGUGAGCUGGGCAGGAGAACUGCCCCUUAUAUCUUAUUUCUUAGCACCUCUUCCAUUUCCCUCUUUCAAAUCCCACAAAACUAUUUCCUCUUUCCUCUCUUUGAAGAAACCAAACUUGCUAAACAGAGUAGGAUGGGAUCAGAGCAGCAUUGUAAAGUUGUUUGUAUCCACUGCACUUUGGGAGCCAUUACUGUAACUUGGAACAGUCAGGUUUCGAGAAUAUUAUUGACAUAUCCUGUUUAAAAAGACGCACUUUCCCUCCCUCAUUUUUGAAGUGCCAAACUAUUAUUUAUAGAUGACAUGCAGCUAUUUAAACAGAUUUUUAACAAGGAAAGGGGUUGGGGUGGGGAGGGUGGGCUGGGGGAAUGGGGACCGCAGGGGCAUUUUGAUAUUUAAAAACAAAAGUUCUUUAAAAAAAAGUGAAGCUUAGGACUUGUUAGUGGAUCUGACGUCAGGAUCUUUAGUGGCUUUUAAAUAAAUAUAAUACUUUUUUCUAUUAAAAAAGGGAGACCUUCAGUUCUGUUCUCAGCUGUCUUUCUCUGGAGCUGUCUUGAUGCUGAAUGGUGGUGAUGGAGGCACGGGUCUUUUGCCCCGUAACUCAAGGAGGCAGGGAGCAUGUGAUUGUAUACCAACUCCUUUUGGGAGGGGGAAUCUGCUUUGUGAAACCAUGUCCAAUUUCUAUAUGUUGAAAAGCCCAAUCUUGCUUUAGUGGGAAAACUAUCACCUUGCACAUAUGCUGGUUUUGGAGCAAAGGUGCAAAAGAGGAAAGCAGACACCAUGGAGGAGGCAUUUUAAAGUCACUCCUAUGCUGUAGAUUCAUGUCCAGUGUUUUCUGAGCUGAUAUAUUUCCUCCACCAAACUGGACUGUUGAAUAGAAGGGAGGAGAACAUGCCUCUGCUUGGAAACCCAAUUCUCAAUCCAGCAAAAGUUCUUUUACAUGGCUUUUGAUGGGAUUUUAGAGCAGCCCUAAGGCCCAUUUCAUUGUUUUCCAGUGGAGUUACAUCUUGAACCUGAAGCAGUUUUGUCCAAAUUAGGCUUUACUGAUUCCAUUCGGACUUACCCAUGAGGUUGCCACCAGAAUUAUCUUCUUGUUGGUUUGUAGCCAUGGUUUCUCUCUGGCUGUUUUCCAUGAUGAGAUGCAACAAUGUUGAGUCUUGAGGGAGAAGGAUCAAGGCACAUUCUCCCUUCUUCACCUGAUGCUCUUUAAACUCUGACCUCCUUGAGAAAAAAUAAUCUCAGUUUACGAUCUUGGUGCCCAGACGGGAAGUGGAGGGAAUGAUAUUGUAUUGAGUGACAUGCAUGGUGAACCUUGGAGAUCGGUGGGCACGUUUUUGAACGGGUGAGUUUUUCCAAUUGCCUCCCCUCUCUCUUCUGGAUUGUCUUGGUAUAUCCUGCUUCCCUUUCCCUCCAUUUUAAAUAAGUUUCAAAAGCAGCAAUUCCUGGGUGCUUUGAACCUCCUGCCCUCUUCACACAGAGACGCUGUUGCUCCAGCGAAGUGGCAGCGAAACCUGCUUUGGUGACAGCCGGGACUUUAUGAGCUCUCAAUGUGCCAAAUAUGAGCCAGAUUUUUAUGAAUCAAAUAAUGAAAUAAUAAUAAUAAUCAGCCGUGGAGAUGGUCUAGCUGGACUUUGCUGCUGGCACUCCACUUUCUAUCCGAAAGGGAAACUUUCUCCUUUUGAGGCGUGCCCUCCAGGCUCCUCCUGCCAAUCCAAGGUGUGUUCAAAGAGUGUUUCCGAAUUAAAGCUUUGGAAGGCAAGACAGGAAUGGGGCUGUAACUUAAUCAAAGGAUUAUUACAUAUUCAGCGUCCCAUAGGGCCAAUAUGCACCUAUAUAUCUCAUAAGAAACAUAUACAUUUGCCCAGCAGUUGGGGAGGGGGAGCGAGAAUCGUCUUGUUAUCAUCUCCUCUCCACUUACUGUACCCCCUUUGCAUUUACCAUAUCACUGUUCUUGUUUUUCUUCUCUUUUCUUUUCAAGUUUUUUAGGCAGCCAUGUUUAAAAUAAAAAAAGGGGUUUGGUGGCAAGGUGAGAAAAAGACAAAGCAAGACAAGGAAGAGGAAGGAAAUGCAUUUGAUAAGAUUGAAUGGGAUCCUAUUCCGGGCGAAAAGUCCUCUCCUCCUCCACAUGUGUGUACAUCCCAGUUGUUGAGUGCCAAGCCCUCAUUCUUCCCUUUUGCCGCUCUUCCCUUUUCCCCAAAAGCCCCUUUUUUUUAUUUGUGUCAGGACACACUCAUCCUCUGGAGCAUCCUUUCCAUCCAGCAUUUUGAACAAGUUCGCACGCCACAAACUUCUAUAUAUAAAUAUAUAUAUAAGUACAUAUAUAUAUUAUUAUUUUUUAAAAAAACACUUACCUAAAGCAGCAUUGGGACUAUUUAUACCAUGGUUGGCUACCUCCGGACUGCUUUUUUUUUUUCCAAAUCCACUUUCAUCAUUCUCAGCAUCGAGAACAUUUCUAGCGUGUUGGUUUUUUUUUUUCCAAGGGGGAAUACAGCACUCACCUUUCAAAACGUUUGUUUGUUUGUUUGUUUUUUUAAAAAAAUGUCAAACCUUUGCUUCAUCCGAAUUUUGGGGGAUUCCAUCUCGAAUUCUCUUGCUGCCGGGGACAGUUUCCACCUUGUUUCAACCCGUCUUCUGAACUUUCAAGCUUCACCCUUCCAUCAUUUUGAACUUAUAACCUCCCUCCUUCUGUGUUCAUCAAAACCUGUGUUUUUUGGAUUUUUUCCUCAUCUUCCAUAUUACAAAAAAAAUAACAAAAAACAAAAAAACAAAACAGAAAAACAAAUUAAAAUUAUAUAUAUAAAUAUAUAAAUAUUAGGGGAAAAGACAAGUGCAACAGACUGUCAAAUUCUUACAAUUUAGUCUACUGAAUGAGAUGAUUUGAUGUCAUAUUUUUUUCUCUUUUAACUGUGAACAACAACAGCAAAAUGUUUCUCCACCAUCGCUUCAUUGUAAAUACUCUGUUUCUGUUUGAACAUGUUUGCGGGGUGCGGGAGGGGAAGGGAAAAAGAGGGAGGCCAUUGAUUUUGUGUUCUCAAACAUCAGAGACGUGUCGGUGCAUAAAAGUGCUGGGGGUUUUGGGGGUGGACAGAAUCACUCAAUAUAUUCCAAAAUGUUUUGAGAGGUAACAGAAAGAGUUAUGGUGCUAUCAGGAAGAAUUUAAAGUUUUUCUUUGGUCCGUACCAGACCACCUUGGCUGCAGAGAUCAGGUGUUGCACCUAAAUACUCCCACCUUCCCACAUACUACGUAAAUAUAGCAGACAAUAAGAGGUGCCGUAAUAUAUUUCCUCUCCUUUAAAAACAUAAAUGUAAGAUUUUUUUUCUCAGAUAGGUGUGGUGUCUGAAGUUUAUUUUCAGGAUAUGAGAUUUGCAAGAUUUGGUCCACUACGGCCAAGUUUAACUUCCCAUCCUAAGAUUCUGAUAAAGGAGAGAAAGCCUUGUCACCUUUCAAAGGUCUGAUAUUUCAAUUUAAUCUUUGCAGUCCAAAGGGAAUACAUUUGGCCCACAACAUUUGCAGGGGUUAUGAGCCCUGUUAAAGUGGAAAAUAUAUUACCAAUAUAUUUUUUAACAUGAAAGGGCACCUCUGUAAGUAUCUUUUCAUCCUCCAGACUCCAAUGGAAGUUUAUUGUAUUGUCACUCUGGAGGACCUACAAGUGUCUAGAGAAAACAUAUCCAUCAAAUCUGUCAAUAAUCAAAUGUGUGGAUACAUAGCCCAUGAAAGUUGAGAGGUGGCUGUAUAGUUUGUUAGGAAAAUGUGCAAAUGAAAAUGUGUAGCUUUGCGAAAUGGCAAUGCAGCAAUUCCUGCUGCUUAUGAACAUUUCGGAAUUGGAAACAUUAGGAUAGAGCUUGGUUCUGAAACCGUAUUUGCUAUGAGGCAUCCUCCUGAGUGAGAAAAGCAAAAUUAGAGGACAAUUUAAAUGUUGCUGCAUUCACAUUAUUUGUGCCUCCUUCCAAGGGAGUGCUUUUCUGUUUCAAACCAGAACAGCAAUGCCAGCUUAAUACCUUUUGUCUCAUGUCUUGGGAAUGCCCAUCUCUUCCUUCCUUUAGUUCCUUAACAGAGGCUUUGUGGCCAGACAGUUCUGGAUUCAAAUCUGUGUUGAAAUCCUACAAAUUUUCACAAAGGACCUCAAAGGAUGUCUGAGGUUCCAUAAAUUUGGCUGCCAGUAAGAGUCACCAAGGCCUUUUCUACACAGCUGUAUAAAAUCCAGAUUAUCUGCUUUGGACUGGAUUAUUUGGCAGUGUAGACUCAGGCAAUCCAAAGCAGGUAAUGUGAACUAUCUCCCUUGAUAUUCUGGAUUACAUAGCGGUGUAGAAGGGCCCUAAGAUUGGCUUCAAUGGGCCAACAGUCUGAUUUGGGGUGAGGCUUUUUCAGCAUCCAUUGAUCAAUGCACAAACCUCCAUUAUCUUUUAUGCAACUGUCUCCAAUCAUUCUGGAUUUUUGUUCUCCAUCCAACCUCUCCUUUUAACAGCAAUCUUAUUUAUUUGCGUGGGAUGGUGCCAAAGGGGGUGGGAAGGGAAAACCAAGAGAGGUAUGAUUGAAAAUGUUUUAUUGUAAAAUAAAAAAAAAUAGAGAGAGAGAGACAGAAAGAGAGAAAAGGAGAGAAAAAAGGAGCAAACAAGUAACCAACUCCAUCAUCAUGGCUACAUAGCAAAACCAACAAAAAAAAACCUGAAUGUCUUGGUAGGUUUGUGUGUUUUAGUGUAAAGUUGUGUAUUGAUUUUGUGCUCAGUGAAGUCAGCAUUUUUUUUAGUGCUAAUACUAUUAACUCAUUUCUGUCAUGAUAAAUGUCCAUUCACGACAUCA